UUUGGCAAAAUCUUAACGACACGAUUUUUCAAAAUCACCAUGGAGGAAGGUUUAUGGGCAGCAAUGAUUAGUUCAGGAUGCAAUUCAUCUCCAAAUGUCUCAGACUGGAGUCCUUAUUCAGGUCUUAUUGCUUUUGGAACACAUCAAAAUGUUGCUUUGUACGAUCCUUUUAACGUUAAUUGUAAUGGAAUAUUUGAAACACUCAUAGGACAUACUGGAUCAGUUACAGCUGUGCGUUUUUUUUGGGGGUUUUGUGAUAAAAAAGAGGGAAUUUUAUCUGGAUCAUUAGAUUCUACUGUUAAAAUAUGGAAAAAAAAAACAAAUUGUUUUGAAUGUGUAUAUACUAUUCUUGAGCAUAAGUCUCCUAUUCAUGUUCUUGCAACACUUGCUUCGUAUAUUAUAAUUGGUGCAACAGAUGGCAUGAUAUCGAUAUGGAAAAUUAAUGAUUUAGAUACAUAUGAAUUAUUCAUAGAUAAUAUUCAGGUAAUUAAUAGUGUUAAUAUGUAUCCAUUAUCUAUGUCUCUUCAUGUUUUACCGAAUACUACAAAUAUGUUGUUUACUGUAGGUGGCUCAUCAAAUCUUAUUGAUGUAUAUGUUUCUUCUAUUGUAAAUGGAAAAUAUGUAUUUACAUAUAUAUCCUCUCUUGAUGGACAUAGUGAUUGGGUAAGAAGCUUGGACAUUACAGUUGAGCAGAAAACAGGAGAUUUGCUUCUUGCAAGUGCCAGUCAAGAUAAAUAUGUAAGGAUUUGGAGAAUAGCCCAUAUUUUUGUUUGUGAAAAAGGAGAAACUGCAUCUAAUGAGUUGAAAAAUAAUGAUAAUGAAAUUGAUAUACUUUUAACGAAUAAAAUAUUUAAUUUUUUAGUAGAAGAAGAAAAUAUUAUACAUAAAUAUUCAGUAUCUUUUGAUGCAUUACUAAUGGGUCACGAUGACUGGAUAUUUACAUGUUCAUGGCAUCCAAAUGGAGAACUAAAGUUACUGACUGCAUCAGCAGACACCUCUUUAAUUAUAUGGCAUCCUGAUAAUCAUUCUGGAAUUUGGGUUUCUUUAUGUCGUGUUGGGGAACUUAGCCUUUCGAAAGGUUCUAGUACAGCUACAGGGAGUUUUGGAGGGUUUUUUGGAGGACUAUGGGGUCCAAAUGGUAAAGAUAUUGCUUGUUGGACUAGAAGUGGAGGGUGGAGAAUAUUUUCAAAUAUAAAAGAUAAUUGGAUUGAAAGAAUAUCUAUUACUGGGCAUAUGAAGGCAGUAAAAAGUAUAUCAUGGAGUCCUCAUGGAGAGUUUUUGGUUUCAUCUAGUUUAGAUCAAACUACUAGACUUUUUGCACCUUGGAUUCGGCAAGAUGAAAAUGGAAAAUUACAAGAAACAUGGCACGAGUUUUCAAGGCCUCAAAUUCAUGGUUACGAUAUGAAUUGCGUUAGCAUGCUUGAUACAUGGCAAUUGGUUAGUGGUGCUGAUGAAAAGGUUAUUCGAGUUUUUAAUCCUAUUAAACCUAUUGCACGUUUAAUUUCAAAACUUUCUAAUAUAAAUUAUGAUAAGAAAAUUGAAAAUCUUUCUGAUGCUGCAAAUGUUCCCUUACUUGGUUUAUCUAAUAAAGUUGCAGAUUCUAUAAAUAAUGUUUCAGAAAACAAACUAAAUUCUUCUGACAUUAAAGAUACAUUGAAUUUUUCUGAUAGAGAAGAUUUUAAACAAAAUAUUAUUGAUUUAAAAACACCUCCUUUUGAAGAACAUCUUCAAAUGCAUACACUUUGGCCUGAAGUUGAGAAACUUUAUGCUCAUGGAUAUGAAAUUAUAGCAAUAGCAUCUAGCCACGAUAAAACCUUAAUUGUCAGUACAUGCAAAGCAACUACGUCAGAACAUGCUGUUCUUCGUCUAUUUAAUACGUCUACAUGGCAAGAAAUUUUACCUCCAUUAUCAGCUCAUACUUUAACUGUAACACGAGUUCAAUUUUCAGAAGAUGAUAAAUAUAUAUUAAGCGCAGGAAGAGAUAGAACUUUUGCAUUAUUUGUUAGAACAAGUGAAAAAAAUAUCUAUAAAUUAAUAGAAACAAAAACAGCUCAUUCAAGAAUUAUAUGGGAUUGUUGUUGGGCGCCAAAAACUAUCGGAAAUAUAUUUGUGACUGCAUCAAGAGAUAAGACUAUAAAAAUAUGGAAAUUUGAGACUGAGAAAACAAAAUCUGAAUGUCUUAUUACUUUAAAAUUUCCUGAUGCAGUUACUUCUGUUGAUAUUUGUACUUAUCUGAUAAAUUAUUCAUGUUUCAUGGCUGUUGGUAUGGAGAGUGGAGCUAUUGUUAUUUUAAAAUCUAAUGAAAACGAUAUUUGUCAAUGGAAAAAGGUAUUUGAUAUUCCAAAAACGUUAUUACCAGGAGCAUCUAUAUCUCGACUUCAAUGGCGACCUUUUUUAAAAUUAAAUACACAUUAUCUUGGAAUUGCUAGCGAAGACCAUUCUACAAGAAUAUAUAAAUUUAAACUUUGA